AGGACGAGAUAUGCGAACUUUUUACCUCCUCUCAGAGCCCUUUGCCCAAAAUUGAAGUUUAUUUCAAAAUUUGUAAUGUAAUAAAAAAAAACAAACAAAAAAUGUGUCUCAAGGGUUUUUGCGGCUACUUUUCCCUAUACAUUGGCUGCGUGAUCGUCGGAGUGCUGGGCGUGAUUGAGGCGGUGAUGGUCCUUUCCGUGGCAAUCUUCGAGAUGGUGAGAAAUCAAGAGAGUAAUUUCUUCACCAAGGUGCUUGCGAUGGUAUUUGCCGUGGUCUUUGGCUUGGGCAGGAUAUGCCUGCUCUUCGGCACGAUGUGGGACAGGUGCUGGGCCAUCCUGCUGGCCUUCAUCAUUGGUCUCUUAUCCUUCCUCCUGCUAAUUGCUACGGUGUUUUUUUUAUGCAGUGUGAUGGGAAACCCUCUGUACUGGUUGUUCGGCGCCAUCCUCAUUUUAUUUGAGGUGUACAAUAUGUGGCUCAUAAUCUCCACCUGGUGGUGCUGUCGGUCUUGCACACAGGACUGCUAAGAUUAAUUGUUUUAGUUUUUUUAAAUUGUUUUAGCAACGUCGAAAAGUACUUUAGCAAGGACUCAAACCUUCGCUCGAUGUUCGAAGCGAGCGCAUUCGAGUUGGAACGAAUGGUUGCUUAUCGGACAGAUACAAGAUACUGUGGUGGCACCUUUGACGACCGCGGCGAAAAUUCCGUUACCGCCUCAGAUCUGUAAAGGCCUAAGCAACCCAAUAAUUAAUUCUAAAAAAGUUGUGUGGACAAUAAAAUCACAUUUUAAUAUUA